AUGUUACUUGUCCAGGGGACAGCAGAUGAGGUUGUAGAUUCGUCCCAUGGGAAGCAACUUUGGGUGCUUUGCAAGGAAAAGUAUGAACCUUUAUGGCUUAGUGGAGGUGGACAUUGCAAUCUUGAGCUUUACCCAGAAUUCAUUAAACAUCUAAAGAAAUUUGUACAUAGCCUUGGCAAGUCAAAAUCAGCCACAAAUGGUUCUAAAACAAGUACAGUAGAUUCUGACAUAUGCAAACCAUCCGAAACCGGCACUUCAGAUUCAUCCGAAUUGGGUUCUGAUCUUCCGGAAGUUUCUAGAAACAGCUUAGAUAGUCGACUUGAGAAGUCUAAAAAGCCAAACAAGCCUGAAAAGUCUCGGAUGAGCACUGACCGAGUUGACACCUUUAAGAGAAGAAAGGGUUUAGUGUGUUUUGUCUAUGUGGAGAAGAUCCACAAUAUGCAAACUGCAGAAAAGCUAUUAACUGUGGUGGCAUCAAAGACAUCGGGUACCCCUUCUGGGGAGUCAACAGAGCAAGUUACUGUGGUCAACUUGGGUUUGAAGUUCAAUGCCUAG